AUGGACGCGCCUCUAACAGCUCACAAAACCUCGUGGGCAGUCAGACCAAGGGCGGAGAGCCACGUGGGCGCCUCUGAUUCGUUGGUGGGCAGUGCUGAUUCCGUUGUGGGCACUUCGAAAAGCUACGUGGGCAGUGCGGAAUUUGCAGUCGGUGUCUCUGAUUCGUUCCUGGACGGUGCCGCAUCCGCUCCAAGAACAGGCCCUUGGGAACAGGUACAGCUGUCCGAGUUGCUGACGUCGUCGGUGACGUCACAUGCGUCGCCCCGGCCGGCGGCCAGCUUGCGGCGGGAGUCGCAAGAAACAGCGAGCGGCGCCCCUUGGGAGCCGCCCCCGGAGCACCGGGUGCGGACGGGAAACGAACAUUGGGGGGGGGCAGAAAACGCCCACAAGAUGCCCCCCCGCCCGCUGCCGUCGCGCCGGCGGAGCAGCGAGCAAGACAAGCCGGGGGAUGACGCCAUCGGAGGCGGCAACGGCUGGGUGGCCGACGUUAGCGGGGGCUGGGCGGAUGACGUCAGCAGGGCGGGCGCUGACGUCGGCGGGUGGCCGGCGCAGCGCCAGGUGGCGGAGCGGGAGCGGGCGAGCGUGUCGGGGGCGUUGCUGUUGGACGAUGACGCGGCGGGGAUGCCGCUUCUGCCGAGGUUGAAGAUCGGGCGGCGGCGAGACAGCUGGGAGGAAGAGGAGAAGAAGAGGAGUCUUGCGUGGCGGAAGCUGAGGGGCGUCGGAAAGAGAGUGAUGGGCGCACUUUGGUGGGUGCUGAAAUUGCCGGGGGUGUCGGACGAGGAGGGGAUCAACGUGUUGGGUGCCACGCUGCUGAUCACGGGGAGUACGAUCAGUGGGGGGGCGCUUGCGCUGCCAGCUGUCACGCAGGACCUGGGGUUCAUUCCGUCCGCCGUCUCCAUGACCGGAUGCUGGCUCUUCCAAGUGCUAGAGGGGCUUCUAUUGGCAGAGGUGAUCGUGGGCAUCAUGCAGCGCCUGAACAAGGACAGCGCGAGCAUCACGUCCGCGGCGUCCGAAACUCUGGGGCCGCGGACGGCCCUCCUGCUGUCCGCGUGCUACGUCUUCUACAUGAACGCCACCCUGGUCGCCAACAUCUCGCGGGGCGCCACGAUCGUAGCUGCCAUGGUGGAUCUCCCGCUGGACGUGGCUUCGCUCGCGCUCGUGCUCGCGAGCGGCGCGCUCCUCUUCGUGGGCGGCGUGCGCGCGACGGACCUCGCCAACCGGGUGCUCACCGGCCUUCUCCUGCUGUCGCUUAUUCUCACCAUUCUUACCGGGUUAAGCCACAUGGAGGUUGGGCGGCUGACACGUGGCAGCUGGGCGGCGAUCCCGGCGAGCCUGCCGGUCAUCAUGCAGGUGCUCAACUUCCUGUGCAUGCUGCCGGUCGUGUGCAGCAUCCUGCGAGGCGAGAUCCGGCUCAUCCGUGUUGCCGUCAUCCUGGGGAGCGGAAUUCCGCUCCUGCUGUACGUCGCCUGGGACGCCGUCGCCCUGGGCCUUCUUCCGGCCAUGCCGCUGGCAAUUCCGGCGCGCCAAACGGACCCGGUGGAAGUGCUUAUGGAAGCGCGGGGGGCGCAUAUGGGCGUCGUCCUCACUCUGUUCGCCUUCACAGCGGUCGCCACGACGAUCAUCGGGUGUCACCUGAGCUUGUCCGACUUCUUCUUCGAGUACAUGCUGCCCAGCCACGUGUCCGCUGCUGGCGCCACCAAGGGGUCCCCCGCACCCCCGGGGGGAUCCCCCGAAGCGUGGCCGGGCGCCACUCCCGCGCCCGGCCGGCGCGCCAAAGUGUGGGCGUGCAGCGUGCUGACGUUGCUGCCCAGCCUACUCCUCGCAAUGACGGUGCCUGACAUGGUCUACUCCGUCCUGGACUACACAAGCCUGUACCUCGUCACAAUUCUCUUCGGCGUUGCUCCGCCUCUCAUGUGCUGGAGCCUACGAGACGCCAGGGACGAGAAGACGGCCGCAUUUGCUGUCGAGAGGGAAUUCACACCGCGGCGGGGACUGCUGGUGGUGGCAGCCGCGUUCUCGGUGUUACUACUCUUGCUCAAGGGGUUCGAGCACUAUGUUGUGUUAUUGGGGACGUUCAUUCCGGGGGUUCAAAUGGCGCCAAAAAAUGUGCCCAUAGCGUAA